AUGGCUUCUGUAGAGCUGCUUUAUAUAGAUAAGGAAGGAAGAGGCAGACAACCCGUUCCUCCCUGCGCCCUUGACUGGGCUCUCUCUAUCUCAGCUCCGGGCUGCAAAGGACUGUGUAAUUCAGCACCAAGGACGGUUCCCCAUAACGGAGGUCCGCAUCCUAAACACCGUCACCCUGCGGUGGAGAAGGUCAACGUGUGCUGCGACGAAGAAUUAGAGACAUCUUUCACCUACGUCGACGAGAAUGUGAAUUUGCGCCUGGCAAGCCCUGGGAAAAGUGGGGAAAGUAUCCACAAAUCCUGGUGUAGGCCUAAUGACUGUGCGAGCGACAUUCGGCCCGAGGGGUUGCAUGAGCUCUCCCUAAUGUCAGAUGAUGAUCUCGCAUCAGAAAAUUCGGGGGCAUCUGUAGAUUACGGUUUUAUAAGCGCGGUCACUUUCCUAGUCACCGGGAUCUCGUUAGUAAUUAUAUCCUAUGCAGUCCCUCGCGAGGUCAAAGUGGACCCGGAGAGCGUGUCCGCGAGGGAGAUGGAGAGGCUGGAAAUCGAAAGUGCCAGGGUAGGGUCACACCUGGAUAGGUGCGUAAUAGCAGGGCUUUGUCUACUGACGCUGGGCGGGGUAGUGCUGUCCACUCUGCUAAUGAUAUCUAUGUGGAAGGGAGAGAUGUACAGGAGAAAAGCCUUUGCAUAUUCCAAGCACUCAGGGAAACUAUAUGGCUCCAUCAAUUUAAAAACGAGAUCUAGCCCUAGUCGGUCGUCCGCGCACCUGUCUAUGAAGGAAGAGAUAGAUGAGACCUUGAAUUAA